CUCUUUUAUAAUCAGGGAGAACGGCUUUACGCAAAGAGCAACAAAGAUUUUUUCAGAUGAAUCUUGAGUUUCACUGCCAUAUCAGUCCUGGUGAGUGAAGAGUUCCUUCUUUUACACUGAUGAUCAGUUGGGUAAAACUGAGUAUUAUAUUCCAUUAGGCUAGAUUCUUCCAAGUCUUCCCGACCAGAGCAAUGGGACGUUAUAAUUUAAAAGAAAAUUUAAAGAAAACAUCCCAACAAGUAUUAGAGGAAUUCUUAUUUUUGACUCUUUUCCUCAGGUAGCUUAGCAGUGGCUGACAGAUCUUCUGGGGACUUAACAUAAAGACAGCAGACCCCCGUUUCGGCAGCCUGAUCUCCAAAACCUGUUUUGGAGAUCACGUUGGUUUCGGUGGUGACCGAGCUUAGCUCUGGACCCUUGACCCGACCUCUGAGGAACAGAAGAACAUGUUGCACUUCAAGAAAUACUUCACAGAGGGCCUCAUCCAGAUGGCCAUGCUGCUCAGCCUCUGCGGGGUGAGGGUCGACAUGGGACUGGAGCCCUACCUACCUCCCCCCUGGCACGAGAUGAUCUUGGGACCGACCUCAGCACUGACCCAGACACAGUUUUACAACCUCCGCAACCACCUGGGGGACGACCACGACCUGCACCCCAAAAACAUUGACCUGGAUGGCUUCUUCACGACGCGAAGGCUGCUGGGCUGGGUCCGCUCUCUGGACAGACUACAGGUUCCUCACACAGAACUGGAGACCUGGCUGGUACAGCAGGAGGCCAAUCCUCUUCCCAUGGUAUGUCCAGACCUCCUGGAAAGAGCACCAGUCGGGGGUGAAAGAGACCGCACUGCCCCAACUGUGGAAGCCACAGCUGAACUUGGUACCCUGCAGGAAGAAGAGGAGGAGGAUAAAGAGACUUCUGUCUCCCUUCAGGAGUGUUUGAGGUUGUUGGAGGUAACCUUUGACGUGCCAGAAGAAGAACAGUUACGUGAUGUUGGUGACAGAAGGAGAGAUCUGGAGCAUCAGCCACCAGAUAGAGAGGCCCUGCUGACUUAUAUCACCCCAACUGGUAACCCUUCCCUGGACCUUGAGAACCACUGGCAGGACCUGUUGGCUAUCAUGGACCCUGAGAAUGCAGAUGUUGGCAUCAUGACCUCAUUUGACCACAGCUCAAAUUCAAGAACGACUGAGACCCUCCAGGGUGUUGGGUCUGAAGCUGUGCGCCAAAACAACCAUGACAACAGCAUAACAAAGGCUGAGCAGGAGGUUCUUAUAAUGGAGACUUCCAUGCACUACGGUUUGUUGGGGCCUAAAAGGCAGUCAGAGCAAAAUCCAACCCUGCUUCCCCUCACACCCAGUACAGAGUUGGAUGACCAAAGUUCAGCCUUAAACUCAAGGGACACUUUGCAAAACUCCAACAUGAAUCCCUCGCACAGUCUUCCAGACCACACACAUCUGCUUGCUCAAGAUCCUUCAAAAGAUUUCUACUUGGCACUAAAUGCAGAUGAGAACUUGAGUACCCUCAAUAUGAUUCUGCCAACAGAAGGUCUUGUGGAUACCUUGGAAGGAAGUGCAUAUUCAGAGUAUCCUCCGCCUAUGCUCCAGUAUGAUUCACGUGACUUGACACCUUUCAGUUUAACCCCAUCUCCACAAGGGAAUGCUGUGACUCAAGACCCACUGAUAUCUAUAUCCGAUUUCUUUCUGGUUGAUGAAGAAGAGGAUCUUGAUAAUGAAGAUGGUUUCCCUAGCCCGCUUUGUGACCUCUUAGAGGAUGAUGUCAUCCUGGACGAGAUGAGAUUGUUGGACCUGGCUCUGGAUGAAGGAUUCAGCCCUGAAAUGGCAGCCAAGCUGGAAGAGGAGGGUUUCCUUGGGAGUGAAAUUGCCCAACAACAAACUGGUAGAGAUGUUGACCACUCAGACUCUGGCGUCACAAUCAUGGAAGAUCAUGGUCAACCAAGGAGACAUCAGGAUGUUGCAGUUGAGGCGGACUCAGACUCUGGUCUUUCUCUGGACUUCAGCCGCAGCCCUGCUUCUCCAUGUGCUUCUGAGGCCUACUCGUAUUCAUCUUCCUCAACCUCCUCUUCAUCGUGUAUGUCGGCUAUGGGAAGUCCCUUUUCUUCAGACAAAGAAGAAGACACUGAGGAAGGGUUAGUUUGUUCAGAUAUGGAAGUGGAGGUGACCAUAAAGCAGGAGGAGCUGGAAGAGCAGGAAAUGGGGGCGGUCGGAGGAGGUUACCCAGAAGAUGUUAAAACCCCCUUCCCUGCCAACUAUGGGGAUAACAAGCUGUAUAAUAGCUUUCGUUGGCUGGAGUAUAUCAGCCAUGAUCACUCGUACAACCAGCCCUGGUCAUCUGCCUCCUCUCCAUCCCAGAGCAAGAUGUCAACCGAACCCUCCUUGCGAGAUGACAAUGCCAAGCCUUACCACCGCUCCCCUUCCAGACACAUCUCAGAGAGCAAAACGUGGAGCCGGGAUGAAAAGCGGGCAAGAUCCCGGAAGAUCCCUUUCUCCAAUGAGUUGAUUGUUAAUCUGCCAGUGGAGGAGUUUAAUGACCUACUGGCCAAUUACCAGCUCAAUGAGGAGCAGCUUACACUAGUGAGGGACAUACGUCGCCGCGGUAAGAACAAAAUUGCAGCACAGAACUGCAGGAAGAGGAAACUGAAUGUGCUGUACGAUCUGGAAGACAGUGUGUCGGGUUUGAGACGCUACCGUUCGCGGCUUCUCCGAGAGAAACAGGAAGCCUUGAAGAACCUGCAGGAAAGGAAGCGCCAACUGGGCGUGUUGUACCAGGAUAUCUUUUCCAGGCUAAGGGAUGACGACGGGAUGCCACUGAGCGCUAUGGAGUACCUGCUUCAUUUUGGGUCCGACGGUAACAUAUCAGUAGUUUCACACCAGCAAGGGGCACCGCAACCACUGACAAAAAACACCAAGAAACUGAGGCACAAGAAAAAGUGAGACUUGGACAAAUUCUGGCUCCAGCCAUAUUCUGGCUUCAGAAUCUUAGGGCAUUAACAGGAGUGGGCUCUAACCACAAACAAAGCAGGACAUACUGAUGCGAUGGUAGAUGAAGAGAUACAGGAAUUCUUGAUCUGUGUCAGUGGAGGAUGCUGAAAGGUACCAUGAAAUAGAUAUCAUGCCCAUAUAGAUAUCACGAUAGUUUGUUAGUGUUUUUUUAUUUAAAAAUAUAGUGGGUGGCUAGGUUAAAAAAGAUCUAUGCUACUACAUAUUUGGAUGAAAACAACAGACUACAGAUGACCUGUGACCAGUACUUCAAAAUGCUAGUUUGAUGCCUAUGCACAAUGCAUCUUGAACAUACUGAGCUGAACAAGAUAGCUGACGGAUUGGAAAGGUGGAUCGUGGCUGUCGGUGAUAUAGCCUCUGGGCCAUUAAGAAAGGGGUGCUGGAUCACAGAAAGGAAAGUUGUGAUGAUACCCGCUUAAACUGGCAAGGCUCUCACUCAAAGACACUUCAGCAGGCUUAACACAGUGGCCCAUGGAGAUUAAACCUGUGUCUUUUUCCAGAUGGUGCAGUAACCACAGACCGACCCGAUGCGGAAAUGAACCAUUCUAUUUUCCAAAACUUCCAUUUAAAAGAGAAGCCUUUGAAAUUCUACUAGGAGAGAAAAUAUGCCAGCUUGACAUAUCUUGGAUAUGGAUUAGCCUUGGAUCUUGGAUUAGCACAGAUGUAUUGGAUAUUUGUUCUUGUUUUAGGAGUACCACUCCUGCUUGACUGACUUUGAAGGUAUCAAAGACAAUUCACAAACAGAAUUAAAUGUUUUGUCAGUAUAAGGGAGCUCCACUCAUUCUCACAGCUGUGCACACCUGCCCUGAAACUCAGCAGAAAGUCCCAUACAUCAUUCUGAUAUUCUCAUAUGAAUAAAUUAUUGAGGAGUAAGAGGGGCCUGCAAGGAUUUUUAUUUAACGUUCUGAAAGCAGGACAGCAAUUGUUUUACCUGUGCCUUUGCAUGUGUGUUUUUUAUUUUUAUUUGAUGUAUUUUCAACAAAUAUUUGUGGAAAUCCUAUUGUCUAUUUCAAAUAAAAUGGGUGGAAUCUGUAUGUCAAAUGUGGUUGACGGCCAAAUGCAAAACGCAGGAUUGAAACCACACCAACAGUGUUGGUGUGGUUAGGGUUCAACAAAUGUUGCCCUUACUGUAGAAAAGGUUAUUUUCUUACUGUGCCGUUAAUCUCCAUUGAUUGGUAGACACGUUUUUGCUCCGAGAAACAUUUACAGUUAGCUAGCUAGCAAACCUGUUUCAUCGCCUCCUCACAAGGUCCUGACAGCACACACAUUUAUUUAUUCAAACAUUUUAAGUUUUUUAUAAACAAGUAUCAGUUCUUUUCAUUGUGCAACAGAGCUCUCCUUAAUUUGUAUCUGUAGUUUCUCAUUUAAAACCUGGUUUUGCAAACUCAGAUUAGAACUCAUUUUAGAUUAAAUGUAUCCUUGUUGGUGCCA